AUGAGACUGACGCGGUUGAAGGAUAGAGACGGCGAGGACGACGCGGCCUCCGCUACCAUCCCGUCCAGAUCAGUCGCCGGCGGCGGUGGCGAAGGCACGGCUAUGAGGAUUAUCGUCCCCCUGCAAGGAGUGGUCCAGGGACGUGGCGGUCUCGUCCUUGGUUCUGUCAUCCCCUGCGCUCUGUUUUAUUUCCUGCAGUUGUACCUCAAGCGGAACCGCUCGUCCCCUUCUUCCCCGCCUCCUGCGUCUCCUCCAUCUGGGCCAUCCCCUUCCACGUCAUCUGGCGACCUUCCGGAGCUCGCCACUGGCAUCCCUAGGUCGCUGUCCCGGACGUUGCUUUCUCCGAGAGCUUCAUCUUCUCCCGCUCAGGUCUCGUCUCGAGCCUCCUCCAUUCUCAGGUCCGGUGAAUCCGCUUAUUACGCCGGCCUGAGAAGGUCUUCGGAGGACCCAUACGAUCCCGUCUCCAACCCUGACGGUUUCAUUCAGCUUGGUUUGGCCGAGAACAAGGUAAUUUAUGCUCGCUUUCCAUUUGUGACACCCUCCAUUGUAUCCGCUCUGUUUGUAUAUCUACGUUGAUGAACUCCGACUCAUGUUGGCGUCUGGAGACUUACGACAUUAUUCGUUUUAGAGCAGCUGUCACUGGAUCUGGUUGGUGAAUGGCUGGCUUGUCAUUUAAGGGAUUCACUGCUGGAUGACAAUCAUGCUCCUUUCGACAUCAAUGGACUGGCGACAUAUCAGCCGUUCGAUGGACUCAUGGAUUUGAAGAGUGUAAGCUGAAAUCUGUCCUUUCCUUUUCUACAGUUGAAUACUUACUAUUGUAUUAUUCGCUGAUUUUAUUCAUUUUUUUUCAUUUAUUUCACAAUAUUCGUUUUCUAAAAUAUUUUUUCUCUGACGUCAAACUAGAAUGUAGGCUUCGUCAUCUGCAUGUCUUGCAAAUAUCACUUGGUCUGGGACAUUCUUCCCCUCUAUACAUUGACGGAGAACAAAAUUUGCAAUCGGGGUUACUUAAGCAGACGAUGGCGUCUGUAUUAAUUUGCAUUUUUUGUUAUAAGGAAAAUCAUCCGGUUCAAAAUAGGAUGACCUCUUACCGUGACUUUUCGUAAUACCGACAGUCUGAUAACUAUAUACUUAUAAUCAUAUAUUUUUAUAAGGUCUAUGAACGUAGAUACUUUGACGAAGUUUUAAAUUGGGUGUUACGUUUACUAAGUUCGUUGGUUGAUUAUUUUUUUUCUUGUAAAGUUGCCUUUGUUUUCUCCUUUCUCAGUUGAGAAGCGCAAAACUUCAAGCUGAGAUUAUUUUUCCUAUUUUUUGCUUUUCCUAUUGGUUGACUUAGAACUGAUGCCGUAAGUCCAUAGAAUCAGAUAAUAAUUACGUAUAAAGAGUUGCAUAUCUUCAAAGAAAUUGGCAGAUACAUUGAAGCAUUUAUACGUCUUCAAUGUUGGCAGCGUAAAUUCUAACUGCUGAAAGGAAAAACUUCCCUUAAAUAGACUUGGCUGGAAACUAAGCUGGAAUUUUUUUUAAACAUGUCUCAACUUAUAGUAGAAAAAGGUUUUGUUCGUUUGUUUUCAUGAAUACUUUCUUAGAAGUUUGUUCACUGCGACAUGCUUAUAAUGUGAAGUUUCUGUUGGUCUUCCUUAAUUACUCGAUUUCGUUGUUUAAAUUAUAAUUUAAAAAUAUCAUAUUUUCUUGGGAAAUUUCACUCAGGCAUAAUCAUUUUGACCCAAAAAUUCACAAAUCCUCAUGGAUUCUCAAUUCCAUUUAUACUCUGGAACCACAAUUGUUCUUGCCAUGGAUUUGCGACACAAAUCAUUUUGUCAGUUGUGGUCCUACUCCUGCAGGAUUUAUGCAUAGUGUUUAUAGUACUGGAUUUGUACUUCGUGAAUGUAGACUUCCAAAUGUAGCAGAUAAUGUUCUACUUCUAUUUAUUAUGUUGGCGUUCCAAGGUUAGUUUGAGCAUAAGUAAUGGUACAUGCUCGUUUCAAUGUGUGUCGUUCUUCCUUUCGUUAUUUUGUAUUUUACCUGCAUUCUCGUUAUUUUUCAGGCUGUUGCUGGAUUCAUGGGUCAAGUCAUGCAAACAUCAGCUUGCUUUAAUCCAGCUCAGAUGGUAUUAACAGCUGGAGCAACACCUGCGGUUGAAAUACUCAGUUUUUGUCUGGCAGAUGCUGGGAACGCAUUCCUCGUCCCUUCACCAUAUUACCCAGGGUAGAAUUUCUCAUCUUCCUUCUGACGAAAAUUUCUAUCACUUAUCACCAAUAAAUACGUCAGCGGAGCUAAGAAGCUGUUCGUUUUUCAGAUUUGAUAGGGAUGUAAAGUCACGAAGUGGUGUGGAGCUCAUACCCGUUCCCUGUAGAAGCACUGAUAACUUUAAUCUGAGCAUUGCUUCGCUUGAGAGAGCCUACAGCCAAGCGAAGAAACGGGGGACAAAAGUUCGAGCAGUACUGAUUUCAAAUCCCACCAACCCGGUUGGUAAUUUGCUGAAUCGAGAAACACUUUAUGGACUUCUGGACUUCGCCAGAGAGAAAAAUAUUCAUGUGAUAUCUGAUGAGGUAUUUGCCGGGUCUAUCUACGGGAACCAUGAGUUCGUCAGCAUGGCAGAUAUCUUGGAGACGGAUGAUUUUGACAGGAACCGGGUUCACAUUGUAUACGGGCUGUCUAAAGAUCUUUCUCUCCCGGGCUUCAGAGUGGGCGUGAUCUACUCCUUCAAUGAGAAUGUUCUAUCUGUUGCUACAAGAUUAGCUAGAUUCUCUUCAGUUUCUGUCCCCAUCCAACACAUGCUUGUGUCCAUGCUAUCAGAUUCCAAGUUCAUUGGUGAAUUUAUGGCCGUCAACAGACAGAGGCUUCAGAAAAUGUACGCCCUAUUUGUGGAAGGACUGAAGCAGCUGGGCAUUGACUGUGCUAUCAGCAGUGGGGGUUUCUACUGUUGGGCCAACCUUAGUAAGUACAUCAGAUCAUACAGCGAGAAAGGGGAGUUGGAACUGUGGGAUAAGCUGCUGAACGUUGCCAAGGUCAACGUCACUCCGGGGUCAUCAUGCCACUGCAUUGAGCCCGGAUGGUUCCGCUGUUGUUUCACCACGUUGACAGAGAAGGAUAUCCCUGUGGUCAUGGAGCGGAUCAAAAAGGUUCUCGACAGCCACAUAUCUCCGCGUUGA